AUGGCGCUAUGGGAGUUCAACAGAUAUGUUGUGACCAUGCUCGUCGGCGCCGCCGCAAUGAUGCUCCCGUUCUCGUUAUAUGUGGUCAGUCAGGUCGUCUCUUCGGCUAUUCAGUUUCCGGAUUCGAUUGUGCACGUACUCGGCUGUGUGCCGUGCGUCCAGGACCAGGACGCCUGGCCCGCGUACGCGUGCUUGAUCUGCGCCGAGACAGGGAUUAUCGUCAUUACACUUCUCAAAAGGAACUCAGCAGUCGUCGUCGAUGGCAUAUCAAAAGGCGCGGUCUUCCAUACCAUGUAUCGUGACGGCACAGCUUUCUUUGCCAUCGUCCUCGCUCUGUCCAUUCUCAAUUUGCUUGUUAUGCUUCUCGCGCCGCAAGAGCUCUCUUCCUUCAUGCAGAUGCCUCUCCGGGUCGUCCAUAGUGCGCUGUGCACUCGCGUGCUGCUCAAUCUUCGCAAGGCCGCCGCCCGGUCCUCUGAACAAACACUGGACGACUACGCCGAUCGACAGACGACGCUCGCAUUUGACCAUGCGUUCACGGGUCAAUCCGGUGAUACCCGUGAUUAUGAACUGGAGGAUCUUGGGUACUACUACGACUCGUGA